GCUCCGCGUGCUUCAAAUCAAUAUCAAUCGCUAUGCACCAGCUGUUUCCCCCGUGGUAUACGGCACUGUGUUCCUUGCGACCACCUUUUCGACACGUUCUGAUAAUAAUUGCCGGAUGGUCUACUAGGAAAAGAAGGUUGACCAAGCUGUGAGGUGAUUGGUCGGCUGGAAUCACCAGACUUUCGAGCACAUACACAAUAUUCUACCGCACAACCACCGUUCAGUGGUUGCGUGUGAUAAGGUAUUGAAUAGUCUCAGCAAGUAGCAACGAUGCAGCAAUUUUGCUGAUUGCAAACACGUACGCGGAUUUAAUGUAUUAUGCUGAUAAAAUAUUUCGAACACAUGGCCAAUAAAAAGGAUUUCCUACGGUUGAUUAAUACUCAUACAUAUGUAGAACAAGUAUUUGGAAGCGUAGUCAUGAUCCUAACCGAGAGCUACAAUUUUAUAAAUAUACGGGACCACGCGAAGGAAACAACGUGGUGGAAAACCGAGUUUUGUGAUUCGUUGGUUUACGAGACGACGCACCGUUCGUGUACCAAAAAUAAGCGAGACAUCUUGCCUUUGCCGGUCUCUCGAGAUUCAGAAGACUCGAAGAUACUAAGAUAGAGGCAAACGUGCAGCCACCGAUUCAAAUUCACAAAGUAUAGAAAACAGAACGGAAUGAUGGGUUUGCGAUAUCUCUUCUGCGGUUAAAUCGUGGUGUAACGUGAAUCUUCAUCUCUCGAACAAUGCGACAGAGACUCGAUAUCCGUUGGAUCAUUCUCACCAUUGACUUCCUACUAUGCACUGGUUGCUUGGCUAAAGACGGGUACAUAGUCACGCGAUGGGCAGAGACCUUGGGCGACGAAUUAUGGGAACUUGCAGAAAAGGUGGCGCGACCCGAAGAGCUAUUAAGCAAAUACAAAGCGAUGAACACGCGAGUGGAAAAUAAGUCCGGGGAGGAGUUGGUGAACAUAAUCAGCGAGAACGUCGGUAGGAUGCUCCGAAGGAAGAUGGACGCGGUGACCUGCAUCCGGAUGGCGGCUGAGGAACACGCAGAAAACUGGGAGAACGACGAGGAGGAGGGAAAUUUCACUUACGUAUCCGGAAAAUAUAGUCCAGUGAACAAGGAGUUACCAAAGAUUCCAUCGAAUAUGGAAAAAAACAUCGAUGCUUACAGAAAAAUGCUGCUAACGCCUGACUCACACUUUUACAAUAUACCAGUAAAUACAAGCUUUUCGUCAGUGCAUAUACCUACAAACGUGUACGACAUGUCACCAGCGGUGAUCGAGGAUAUAAAGAAAACCGAGAUCCUCGACAAUAUCUUCCAACAAAACUACGAGUCAGAUCCGGCUUUGUCUUGGCAAUAUUUCGGCUCUGUCACGGGAAUGUUGAGACAAUAUCCUGCCAUGCAGUGGAAGAUGGAUUCUACGCAGGACAACGAAGGAGGAGAUGAAGAAGAUGAAGAAAAGCCUGACAUUUAUGAUUGCAGAGUACGUAGCUGGUUCAUUGAGGCAGCGACUUGUAGCAAGGACAUGGUAAUACUGAUGGAUACCAGCGGCAGCAUGACGGGCAUGGGAAAGACUAUUGCAAGGACAACGGUGAACGCAAUAUUGGAUACUCUGUCAAAUAAUGAUUUCGUGACUGUAUUGAGCUAUACAAACGUGACAUACGAUGUGGUGCCCUGUUUCAAAGAUAUGCUAAUCCAGGCUACUCCAGAAAAUGUGUACACUUUCAAGAAUGCUAUAGCAAAUGUUAAAACAGAAGGACUCGCUAAUCUAACAGAAGCAUUCACUAGAGCUUUCAACCUACUAAGCACAUACAGAGAAACACGCGGGUGUGGUGCAGACACAUCGUGUAAUCAGUUAAUUAUGCUUGUCACGGAUGGCGUUCCUGGAAAUCUGACAGAAGUAUUCAGAACAUGGAACUGGCGAGAUAAUGACACACACAUUCCUGUACGAGUAUUCACAUAUCUUUUGGGAAAAGAAGUUACCAAAGUUCGAGAAAUUCAAUGGAUGGCUUGUCUAAAUCGCGGCUACUAUACGCAUGUUCACACACUAGAAGAAGUUCGGGAACAAGUGCUGAAAUACAUCCCCGUGGUCGCACGACCUAUGGUUCUUCAGGAUGUGGUGCAUCCUGUCGUUUGGACCCAUGCUUACGCGGACAUUACGAAUCCAGCACUCGCCACUUGGCUGUGGCUGGUGAUGCAGCACAAGGAGCAACAAUCACGGCUUCAGAAACUUCUGAAAGGAAAACGUCUGGGCGUUCGAAUAAAUGAGGACGAUACCUACAUACAGAAGCUCCACAAGAGUGAGGACGUUCGACAGGAUGCAUCUCUACUGAACACGACAGCUUGGCAGGAAUACAGGCUCCUUACAUCCGUCAGUACGCCAGUGUUCGACCGUAAAGGGAAUCGCAACAAUCGGACAAGAAUAGCGAAUUUACUAGGUGUAGCCGGCACGGAUGUACCAAUUGACGACAUUCGAAAGCUUACAUUGCCAUACAAGCUGGGCGUGAAUGGAUAUGCUUUCAUCGUGUCCAACAACGGAUAUGUGAUACUGCACCCAGAUUUGAGGCCCGUUUACAAAGGCACAUUAAAGCGGAAUUACAACAGCAUAGAUCUCACAGAAGUGGAGAUCUUGGACGAUGGUCGUGGCCCAAGGAACCCCGGGCCAGAGGUGCUGGAACUACGAGCUGCGUUGGUGGACCACAAAAAAGGCAGCUUAAAAGGAGUACCCGUGAAAUUGCAUUACGACGACAACCGUCGUGUGUCUCUCGAAAGACGUGACUACUUCUACGCGCCUCUCCCUGGAACGCCCUUUGGCCUUGCGGUCGCUAUACCCAACUAUGGCACAACUUGGAUCAAGGUUGGGGACGAAAUCCGGAGGAACCAGAACUUGAAGGUGAAUAUCUCCGACUUCUUUACGGGCAACAACUGGCGAGUACACCCCGGUUGGGUAUACUGUCGCUUUCACUAUUUAGAGGGUCACGAAUUCAGCAGCCCCGAACAAGAGUUGAGACACUUCCUGGACCUGUUAAAUAAGCCUGGCUGGCGUUGGUCUGAACAAUACGAAAAUGAAACUGACCAUGUUCCUAACUGUGGUAGACGGACUUUGUCACAGGAUGAUUAUUAUUGUAACAAGGAAUUGAUGCAGCUGUUAGUUUUCGAUGCAAAAGCAACGAAUGCCAGCUUCAAUAGCGAUUUUGUAUUGGAUGAUCCUCGAGCGCGACAGUUAGCAGAAGAUUAUAAAAUUUUUUUAAGAUUCGUCGCCACUCAGAGUGGUUUAACUAGGUGGCAUAAUUUAGAUACAAACAAAUUACCCCAAGACGAUGAUGGCAUCGUUUUUGGUGAUCUUCACAGGAGAGCUGUAAACGAACCUUGGUAUAAAGGUGCCAUUUUCCAAAAUAUUUUAGAUCCUAACAGCAUAUCUCUGUCAGUUCCUUGGGAAGCAGGAGUAAAUGCUACAGUAACAGCUUCGAUUGGGAUAUUCCCUAAAGACGACCGCAAAACUGCACCAGCAGCAGUGAUCGGUUUUCAAAUGCCAAUGAAGGAUCUUUAUAACAGAUUUAUUAACCUAACUUCCGGCCAAUCAAACUCAUCCUCGAUAAACUGCUGCGAUUUAUGGAUAGAUUGUUACUUGCUCGAUCAGAAUGGCUUCAUCGUGAUAUCAGAAGCGCACAACGACACCGGUCAGUUCAUGGGGACACAGGAGGGUGCAGUGAUGAAUUCCAUGGUCGGCCAGGGUCUCUAUAAUCCUGUCGAUAUUUACGAUUAUCAAGCCUGGUGUGAGGAAGUUCGCAUCAGCGGUGCGGCCACUUCUCUGACGGACCCGCUGAUGUACAUCUGGAAACUGUUGCUCUGGUUUCUGUUACGUGUGACGUGGUUCACGACCCAGUUCGUGAACUUGCCAGUCGGCUACGCCAAAGUCCAUUUCGAUGAAGACGCCCCGGACCCGCCGCCUCCGCCUCGCCCUUGUCUCUAUCACUAUCCUUGCGACCAGAAAAGGGUACUUUAUAUGAUGAACAACACGAUCGCUGGCCAGGGCGUCACGAAUCAUUCGGAUUAUUGCUCAAGGCCGUUCUAUGCUCGUAGGGUUCCGCAUACAAAUUUAUUAUUGGUGGUCGUCGAUGCUAUGUAUCCAACCUGUUACAAGAGAUUAGAGGUAACACCGGUGACAAUUUCGCCGCUUGAAUACACGAAUGGCUCGGAAAGCGCGCCUUGCCAUAAAAUUCCACUAAACGAUCUUAAAAGGAGGCGUCUUGAAGGUUGCUUCACGGAGCAUCCCUUGGAAUAUGAGAUCGAGGACUGCGGAGGGGCAUCACAAUUGACUGUAUCUUUGCUAUUAUUUUCUACCGUUGUAGCUAGAAUCUUAUAUAUAUUUAUAUAAUUGUUUAAAACAAGAAGGUUAUGGAUUUGUUUAACGAUAUUAAUUGCCUUGAGUACGAUGCGAAUUACAGUAUAUAAAUGGUAUGAUAAUAAUAACGUUAAUAUUUAUUAUGUCGAACCUUAUAACUUCUUACAAAAAAAUAAAAUUAAAUAUUGAAACAUAAUUAAGAUGAAUUAAUUUUAUUAAAAAAAACGUAAGAUUGAUGAUUACUGUAACUUCGAUAGCUAUUCAGAUUAGAAAUAUUCAGCUUGAUGUUUUGUAAAGCAGACUAUGUUCUUUUUUCGUGGACCAAAGACAUCGAAGAACGAAUCGAUUGUAGCGAAGAAAAGAGAACAUAAAGCCUGACGAAAUAUCUCCCUAUCCAUGCAAGAUACGAUUUUCUGUUGGCGUCAGAAUGUCUGUUGAUAGGGUGAAAGGAGCUUGCCCCAGAAAAUGUUUUGUACCCUCCUCCACUCGGAUAUUUAGAUCAUAACUCCUUCGCCAGCUUAAUUGUAAUUUUUUAUUCCAUUUUCUUGUAUCGAAUAAAAUUAUACUCGUUAAAAAUGGCUAAUCAAAA